CACAUGGUAAAUUGUCAGGUCUCAGACUCACAUGGUAAAUUGUCAGGUCUCAGACUCACAUGGUAAAUUGUCAGGUAUCAGACUCACAUGGAAAAUUGUCAGGUCUCAGAAAAUCUUCCUGCAGGUGGCGCUGUUGUCAUGUCCCAUCCAAAUUGAUUUCCAAAUACGUCAUCAACGUGUGACAGUGGGAGAGCGCAAGGUCAUUGACCUCACCGGAGUUUUACCGCGGUCCAGGCUCCUAACGACACAAGCAAAUGGACAAGCUGAAAGCUUACGAGCAGCUGAAAAAAGACCUUGAAAAUGGCGAGAUUACCCAAAAAGGCUUUGAUAACAACGUAAAAAAGCUCCUGGCAGCAGAAAAAUCAGAUGACACUCCUUCAACAAGUGGCAAUGAAUUUCUCAGUGCAGCAGAGGCCUUUGGUAAAGCCAAGAAACUACUACAGCCUCAAGUAAAGAAAAGGCAAUUUCCAUUGAAUGAUAAACGUUUGGACCAUGGCAAAUCAUUAUUGAAGGUCAGAAUGGCUCCCAUGGAGUGGAAACCAAGAACUCCGAGAAGGUGUGGACGGUACCAGAAGUUAAUAAUGGACGAAGCUCCACCUCGAAUCAUCCUGCAAGGCCAUGAAACCUAUGAUGAUUUAAUUACCAUAGCCAAAGAACGCUUCUGGCCAGAGCGUACUGAGGGGAGUGAGUUCACUCUUUGUCAUUCUGACGGGACCAGGUGGAGUAAGGAGGAUUUCCACAAAGAAUACAGAACUGUUUCUGAUAUUACACAUCUGUGGAAAAGAACACUAUACAUCGGGCGAAGACAACUGGAGGUCGUGUGUUUGGAUGAUCAAAGUUCCAUCUCAGAUGAAGACCCUGUAACUAAAGUGGGUGGUGAUGAAAGUUGCAGUUUAGAUGAACUUCCUGAAACCCUCAUAGGACAAAAUGUUGCAGAACAGGAUUUCCAUCCAGAAACAUCCAGCUCAGGUGAAUUUGAAACAGGGAGAGUCAGAAAGAAAAGCCAGUCCAAGCAAAGGAAGGAGGAAAAUGUAGGGUCAUCUCUAGGUCCAGGUGGAGCAGUGAGCCAAGACAUGUUACCACAUGCAGUUAUUGAGGCAAAAGAAGCUAUGGAGGGAGCUGAAGAGCUAUCUGAAGGUGCUGGAAAUAGUGAGCUUUUGAUAGAUUUUGCAGAGUCCUUCAACACAACUCCAAAGUCGCCAUCAUUGUAUCUUCCACGUGUUCCAUAUAUGUGA